ACAUUGUUACGCCGUCAGCUGAUUGUUGGGGGGGACUUCAGUGUUGAACGAUCUGCCGGCUCGUCACAAUCCCUGCUGGAGCUCCGUCCGUCGUUGCGAACAGAGUGUGGACAGUGGCUGUGUCACGGUUUUGUAGUUUGUAUAACUCUAGAUUUUUCUUAACCGACGAUUCGAACUUAACACUAUUUAAUUUUCCGACAUCCGGUUUGAAUUAAUUCUCACCGUCAACCCUUAUGAUAGGAACAACGGUCAGAUAGUCGGUUUUGAAUGAUUGACCAUGCAGUUCGCGACAGCUCAGAGUGGCAGGACUCAAUAGACCUGACAGUGACAGGUAGUGUACCGGUAGUGAUGACGUCAUCAUUGUCUGGUGCGAUGACGGACUCUGAGGAGGACCAGGAGAUCAACGUAGACUCUGGUCACGAGGACGGUGAUGAGGUGGACGAGGACAGUCGUAGCUGCGGGGGUGACAGUGCCGGGGAGUCCGCCCCACUGGCCUUCAGCAUAUCACGGCUCCUGGGGGAGUCGACGGUGACCCGGAGCGACCGGGCCGCGCAGGAGACCAUCACCUCGCUGUACAGCCACCCUGCGGCCCUGGCCGUGUACCCUGGGGCAGGGGUCAUCAGAGUACCAGCACACAGACCUGCACCUCCUGGACUACAGGGCCCUCCCUUGGGUGCGCCCUUCCCCUGGCUAGCCCUGGACCCUGCCCUGGUACAUCGCACUGCCGCCGCCGCCGCAGCAUCCUUCGCCUCCAGUCUAGUCAAGGACAGACUAUCAGCGACGUUCCCCAUGACGCGGCGGAUCGGACACCCGUACCAGAACAGAACUCCGCCGAAACGCAAGAAGCCGAGGACGUCGUUCACCAGACUGCAGAUAGCCGAGCUGGAGAAGAGGUUCCACAAACAGAAGUACCUCGCCAGCGCGGAGAGAGCCGCACUCGCCAAGACCCUCAAGAUGACGGACGCCCAGGUCAAGACGUGGUUCCAGAACAGAAGGACGAAGUGGAGGAGACAGACCGCAGAAGAGCGGGAGGCGGAGAGACAAGCUGCCAACAGGCUGAUGAUGUCACUACAGGCGGAGGCGCUCAGCAAGGGCAUGUACCAUGGGCCUGGCGACAGGGGCCCACCAGACACUGGGGCCCUUAGUGCUCUACAGAACCUACAGCCCUGGGCCGGAGCCGGGCCUUCCCUGACACUGCAACAGCCGGGCGACCACUACAUCAACCCUCCACCCAUAGCAUCACCCAUCUGUUAGACUACCUACUGGACACCCGCCCCACCAGAACCCCAGACUCAGUGCUCAGUGUUCUGCAGAACCUACAGCCCUGGGCCGGAGCCGGGCCUUCCCUGACACUACAACAGCCUGACCACUACAUCAACCCUCCGCCCAUAGCAUCACCCAUCUGUUAGACUACCUACUGGACACCCGCCCCACCAGAACCCCAGACUCAGUGCUCAGUGUUCUGCAGAACCUACAGCCCUGGGCCGGAGCCGGGCCUUCCCUGACACUACAACAGCCUGACCACUACAUCAACCCUCCACCCAUAGCAUCACCCAUCUGUUAGACUACCUACUGGACACCCGCCCCACCAGAACCCCAGACUCACUCAGUGCUCUGUAGAACCUCCAAACUUGAGCUAUACCCAUCAUUGACCCUCCAGUCGCCCAGCCCUACAGUAGCGAAAAAGUGAUACGUCAUCACUGAUAAUAUGAGGCCGCCGCGUUGUUGUCUUUCGAGGUCGAACUAUUAACAAAUGAAUGACUUUGAUAGAAAUAUUCACCUAAAUUAUGAAGGUGUUAUUUUAUCCCCAGUGUAACUUCAUGGAUCUAACGAACUUGUAUAAAAUGAAUAGUUAUUUUACAGUUACUCUUAAUUCGUUAUGUGACCGGUCUUGUGAUAUACGUGGAUAGCAAUGUGACACAAAACUUCAAUACCGACGUUGCAAUGGUGCAAAGGACCAACCUUGUACGCAACUGACGCUUUCGUUACAUUCUGUAUCUAUAGCGCUGGAUAUUGUACAUAUGUAAAUAGCUCAAUGUUGUGGCAUUAGUGCUGUUUUAAGAUUUUGGAUUAUAUGACACAGUUAUCUAAUAUCACGAUGUUUAUUAUUAAUGCCACUAAGUGUUGUUAUAUGUGCCCAGUCAUCAUAGUUUUCUUAUUUGCUUGGCGACUGCAUGUAAAUAGUUACACAUAGCAACCUGUGACAUACUUAUAAAUGCUUUAAUGCUUCUAUAUAGAAAUUAAAAUAUUGACCGAUGUGAACUGCAAUCACAUAAAUAAUUACAUCUCUGUACAUAACUGCUCUGAUUAUUCAAUGUUUAAUUUGUUAACUACUUUAAAUCAAUUUUAUGAUAAAUAAGUACAUGUUGAGGUACUCUAAUCCGAGGUAAUAUUAACUUAAACAAUAAUCAAAACGAGGUACGAAGUUAAAUUAUAUUACUUAUUACUGUUAUUUUACACUAGUAUCAGGCUUUUAUAAUUUAAUCUCUAAAUUGUAAUACUUGUUUUUAGUACACGUUUUCUGAUUUACUGUAAUACCAAUUGUGAUUAUAUAAUGUGCAAUCUCAAGAUAUAAGUUAAGAAUGCUAAAUGUUAUCCUAGAGAUUCCGGUAUACUUUGUAAUAUAUUGUAAGCUAGAUGUUUAAUGUUCACUUGUAAAAAGCUUUUACUUGAAAAUAUAUGAAUCGUAACACGUUUAA